CUCUCAGUAAAUGCAUAAAGAGGCAUGCAUGACAUGCUCAAGUUUGCAAGGACCUCUCUGAUCCAAUUAAGUGUCAAGCACCAUACCUGCAUACAAGUAUUGUAACCCGUGUACGUACCAUUAUAUAAUAUUCUGACAGAGUGAGAAUAUUGAUAGAAAUCUUCAUCUAAUAACUUCAAUAUAUGAAAUCCUUGCAAGAUGCGGCAGAGAUGACCAUUGGCCAAAAAUGGCAUCCUCGUCCCGGAGAUAUCACCACAAGAGCCGGGCCGGAUGUACCACAUGCAAGGCGAAAAAGGUAAAAUGCGACGAGAAACAACCAUGCUCGUACUGCGCUAAGAGACAGCUUCCGUGUAGCUUGGUACCGGCGUCGCUAUCCGGGAGUAGUAGACCGGACUCGAAUACGCCGGGAGUGGUUGUCCGGUUUUACGAGGAGCCGUCGUUCACCUUUACCGACUUCGGUCUGUAUCAACAUUUUAUCAAAUCCACGUCUAUCGCGCAGGCCGAUGAUGGCGCAUCGAUAGCAGUCUGGCGCGAGUUCAUCCCUGACCUCGCGACGCGGCAUCCUUAUCUUCUCCAUGAGAUCCUCGUGGUCGCGGCGCUGCACCUCCGAUCUGCUACUCCGGAACAAGCGAAAUAUUUGGAGCGUGUAGCUACCGAGCACCAGGCUAGAGCUAUCCCCCUAUUUCGGGAGGCCCUGGCUGCUAGUUCGGCGGAGACGGCCCUGCCGCUGUUUGCUUGCUCGUGCCUAUUUAUACCGUAUCACUUCGCCACCGCAAAGGACGCCUUAUCGCUGCUUUUCAACGAGGAGACCGGGUCUUUGGCUGAAUGGCUGGUCUUAAUCCAUGGAACUGCGGCGGUCACUGUAGAGCACGGCCCUACUAUUAUGAAAUCCCCUCUCCGUGUGCUUCUAGGAGAUCUAUCGACACCUAAGCUCGGAGAACUGAAUGAUGGGCCCACAGACGCGAGGCUUCUCGGUUUGAGCGAGGAACUCCCUAUCGCGCCCGAACAUAGGGAGGAAUACGCGCAAGUCAUGCACAAGCUUCGUCUGAGUUUCUACUUAUCAGACCAAGCGGACACGGCGCUCAAUCGGAAGAAUGCCGCUCUUAGAUUCCCGGCUUUUAUGAACCAGCAGCGGAUUGGGGAUGAUCUUGCCGUAAGACAUCCGGGGGCGCUUAUCAUAAUGGCUUUCUGGUGUGUUUUACUACAUCGGGUAGAGGAUAGGUGGUGGCUUAAGGAAAGGGUCAAACCGCUGCUGGUAAAGAUUGAGGAGUUGGUACCGCUGGAGUAUAGAUAUCUUAUGACUUGGCCUAUGGAGGAAGUGGGGAUUUACUCGAAGUCGAACACGGAUGCUUUAGUUGUGAGGUAAGUGAUAGUGAUAGGAUAGAUGGACAAUUUGAAUAUUAAAAGGUGUAACCUAGAAGUUUAAUGCAAAGGAUCAACUGC